UAAGAUCAUGGCGAAUCAUAUUAACAUUGCUGUUUUUCUCGUCCUGUGUGUAGCAUGGCAAGCCUAUGGUGCAACAGUCAACUGCACCGCGACCGGCGCUGGGCGUUUCGCCAACUCUGAUGAUACUACGUGCCAGAACUACACCUUAUGCGUGUACGACAGUUCCACCGGCACUUACCUCAGCUACGACUACGUUUGCCCCUCUACCUCUGUCUUCAAUCCCAACACUGGGCUCUGCACCGCCUCAAGCAACUACGCCUGCACCGUCACCACUACAACUGUAGCGACAACCACCGUCUCCACUGAAACGUGUACAGCCGAAGGCUUUUUCGCAGACUCGAGCUCUUCCGACUGCUCUACGUACAUCCAAUGCGUCCUAAUUGACGGGACCUACGAUGAAACCACUCUGACAUGCCCAAAUAAUACUUACUACAAUCCAAACACUACUUUAUGUGAUUCUGAUUACGAAUGUACCACUACUACGACAACGGUUACUACGGAGGCAACCACUACGGUAUCGACGUCAUUUUCGUGUACUGCUGCUGGGCGAUAUGCGAACCCUGCAGAUUCAACCUGCAAAACGUAUUAUUACUGCGUGGCUGCCACCACUACAGGAAACUUCACGGAGUACCUCUACACCUGUCCAUCUACUUCUUUGUUCAACCCUACGUCCAAGCUAUGUUCGGGUAGCUACACUUGUUCAUGAUUUCCGUCGGGCACAGUUGUUUUUAGAGUCAUCGGCUUUGUACUUAUUUGUUUAUAGUUAAUUAACAUACAAAUUACCUAAGUAGAAUUUAGGAGUUAAUCAAAAAAGUUUAUUUUUUGUUAAAAAUGUAAUAAAAAUUGAACGGAAAAAUCAUAACAGGACAUGCUUAGAACGAUUUUCCUUCAUUAAACGCCUUUUUUUUCUUACUCCUGAGAACUUAGAACUGACUCCCUGUGUGUUCUGACCUUCCAUUAUCAAAACCGAAGCAAGUUUCCUAGCUAUAACAAGGUUGUGAUUGAGGUUUAGAGCAGAAUCCUUAGGUUCUAAUGACGAUUCACUAAGGCUCAAAUAGGGAUGACUCUUGUGUGGUAACAAGCUAAGGUUUGAUUUCUUCAUAGUAGCGUAGAAAUGGCGAAAAUAGUUUUCUCUAGCCUUGUUUAUAACUGACGCAGGGACUUUCUUCUUGGCUUUAUCCUUGUUGUCCCCAACAGUAACCGUGCUUGAGGUACUAUCGAAAAAUGACGCAACAGUAGGGUAUGGUGACCUUUUAUCAUCAUUCAGGGAUAAUUCUUUAGUUGCCGUCGUUUUGUCACCAAUGGAUUUUGUUAAAUCCUCGUAGUCGAAUUCGGGAAAACUGGUCACUAAGUACGUAGACUCAUUAACCCGACGAACUUGGUAAGUUUUCACACUGGUUGAGAAUGUAAAAAAGCUAAUUAAAAUACAUUUUAUUAUUAAAAAAUAGUUGAGAGCAAUCAUUAAAAAUUGGGCAAAUAUAGAUUUUGCUUUUGGUGAGCGACAUACUCGUUCAUGACAUUGACAUAAACCAUAAAGUAAUUUUGACAAAAUUAAAAAGAUUCGAUUUGCAAUAAAA